CUGUUUGACCAGCUACAUCUUUACAGACACCCAUUUACAGGAGACCGACAGAUCCGUAGCCAUGAAUAUCAAAGGGGAGAAGCCAAAGUCAAAAAUCACAGCUUCUCGCAAGCUCUCUCUCAAGAUGCUUCUCCUCACAAGAGCCUGUGAGGAUUUGGAGAAAGAGAAGCAGGAAAGGGAAGAGGAAAAAGUGCGCUAUCUAGAAGAGAAGUUGCCCCCUUUGCAACUGUCUGGAUUAUCACUGGAUGAACUACAAAAAAUGUGCAAGCAGCUUCAUUCACAAAUUGAUGUUGUGGACGAGGAGAGAUAUGACUGCGAAUCCAAAGUGGGCAAACACAACAAAGAUAUCCAUGAGCUGAAGCUGAAGAUACAGGACCUUGGAGGCAAGUUCAAAAAGCCUGCCUUGAGGAAGGUGAGGGUGUCGGCAGAUGAGAUGAUGAGAGCUCUCCUGGGCUCCAAACACAAGGGCUCGAUGGACCUCAGAGCCAACCUUAAAUCCGUGAAGAAGGAGGAUGGCAAACAGGACAAGGUGCUCACUAGUGAAGACUGGCGUAAGAAUGUGGAGGCCAUGUCAGGCAUGGAGGGCCGCAAGAAGAUGUUCGAUACAGCCGGCGGAGCACAGUGAGACUCUCUGUGAGGAAUCCUGCAAACGAUGAAGCUGGUCAAUAAGAGCAGGGAAAAAGAAGGUGUCCUGACAGAAAUAUGGAAUAGUUAUGUGAAGGCUAAGUGACUUGAAAGCUGUAGGAAUAAAGCAUAAAAGUCAUAAGCAUGUAUGACCACGAGUACAUCAGCUGUGCCUCCAUUUGCUAGAUGGCCAAUUUCUGCGGAGUGACUCAAAGCACUUAAA